AAAAAUGUAUGGAGCGCUCAGAAUUGUUGCUCAAGGUCGAUAUAUAAAGUCGAGGCGGGUAGGAAACUGGCGCCAUGUUGGCUCUACAAUAGAGAACGUCGUGUUUAAAACUACAGCGCUAGAGGAGCCAACAUGGCGACAACAGGGAUGCAGUUUCCUAGCAUUCUACUCCCAACAACAAGCUUCGAAUCUAAGGAGCUGCGCUCGGUAUCCAGGAAGUGAGAUCAGUGGGAGUUCGUGUAUUUGUGGGUCUAAAAUCGAAAAGACCCGAGUUCUUUCCAAAAAAAAAAAAAAACGACUUUCCUCUAAAAAAUUGUGGGGGUGGUUUAAGACCUAAAUUUGAAAAAAAAAAAAAAAAAAAAGAAACAAACAAAAACACUUUUGAUGCAGAUUAAAAAAAAAAGAGCUGGACAUAUUUUAAUUGGAUAACCAUGCAAGCAUAGAAACUAAAAUUGUGUAGGCCUUUCAACGAUGUUCAUAGAAAUGUUAUUAUUCUGCUUAGUUUAGGAGGAAAGACGGAAGAGAAAGAAUACAAUAAAAAAUCUGUAAAAACUAAAAAUGGAGAGAGUAACCAGCACAAAAAAGAGGGGAGCGAGGCAGGGAGAAGCUGGGCGAUUAGGAAACACACCUGGUAAACGGAUGCAAAUUUCUGAAGAUUAGAGAUUUAUUAAAAAGCAAAACUGCUACUUCUAAUAACGAAGCCACGGCAGACUAGAAAAUGGCACUGCGGUAAACAUGCCCACUUGGACCAGCGACGCGAUCGUUACGUGAUGGGCUGUGGGGCGAGCAAAGUACUUCCUGAGCCGCCCAAGGAUGUCCAGCUGGACCUGGUCAAGAAGGUGGAGCCCUACACCGGCCAGACUACUGACAAGUACAAGCACUUCAUCAAGGACGAUGGCAGCGGGGGCAAGGCUGUUGACAAGAUGGGCUCCCCCUCCCCACCACAGGCCACCAACAACCCCUACCCUGGGGGACCGGCCAACGGCCACCCGGACCCCAGCGACCCAAGAAGGAACAAGGUGGCCAAGUACCGGGCCAAGUUCGACUCUCGGGUCACGGCCAAGUACGAUAUCAAAGCCCUGAUCGGGCGUGGGAGCUUCAGCAGGGUGGUGCGGGUGGAGCACAAGAGCACCAAGCAGCCGUACGCCAUCAAGAUGAUCGAGACCAGGUACAGGGAGGGCCGGGAGGUGUGCGAGUCGGAGCUCAACGUGCUCCGCAGGGUGCGGCACACCAACAUCAUCCAGCUCAUCGAGGUGUUCGAGACGCAGGAGCGCGUCUACAUGGUGAUGGAGCUGGCCACCGGCGGGGAGCUGUUCGACCGCAUCAUCGCCAAAGGCUCCUUCACCGAGCGGGAUGCCACACGGGUCCUGCAGAUGGUCCUGGACGGGGUGAAGUACCUGCAUACCUUGGGGAUCACGCACCGCGACUUGAAACCAGAGAACCUGCUCUACUACCACCCGGGCAGCGACUCCAAAAUCAUGAUCACAGACUUCGGUCUGGCCAGCACCCGUAAAAAAGGGGACGAGUGCCUUAUGAAAACGACUUGCGGCACACCUGAGUACAUUGCCCCCGAGAUCCUUGUGCGGAAGCCCUACACUAACGCUGUGGAUAUGUGGGCGCUGGGGGUGAUCUCUUAUAUACUGCUUAGUGGCACCAUGCCAUUUGAAGAUGAUAAUAGGACACGGCUAUACAGGCAGAUAUUGAAGGGAAAAUACAGUUACUCAGGGGAGCCCUGGCCGAGUGUUUCCAACCUUGCCAAGGACUUUGUUGACCGUGUGGUCACUGUCGACCCCAACGAGCGGAUGACGGCCGGCCAAGCCUUGAAGCACCCCUGGAUCGUGACCAUGGCUGCCUCCUCUUCUAUGAAGAACCUGCACCGCUCCAUUUCCCAGAACCUCCUGAAGAGGGCGUCGUCUCGCUGCCAGAGCAUCAAGUCUGCUCAGUCCACGCGCUCCAGCCGCUCCACCAAAUCCAACAAGUCGAGGCGCGUGCGGGAGCGCGAACUGCGGGAACUCAACCUGCGCUACCAGCAGCAGUAAGAGAGAGGGCUGAGAGAGAACUGCAGGAGCUCAACCUGCGCUACCAGUAGCAGUAAAAGGGAGGGCUGAGAGAGAACUGCAGGAACUCACCCUGCACUACCAGCAGCAGUAAGAGGGAGGGCUGAGAGAGAACUGGAGGAACUCAACCUGCACUACCAGGAGCAGUAAGAGGGAGGGCUGAGAGAGAACUGCAGGAACUCACCCUGCACUACCAGCAGCAGUAAGAGGGAGGGCUGAGAGAGAACUGCAGGAACUCACCCUGCACUACCAG